AUGCCGCCCAGGCUGUCCAAGCGCCAACAGCGCGAGCAAGAUGAGCUCGCCGACCUCGAGCGCGCCAACACGGCCGUCUCGGCCCUCCCGACCGCCGACGAGGUCGAGUCCAGCGAUGAGGAGGAGCUCGCCGUCAAGCAGCCAGCAAAGGCCGGCUUUGGUGCUCUCGAUCUCGGAGACGACCUCGACGACGACGACCCGCAAGAGGACGACGAGGUCCUCGCGACGCCUGUAAAGGCCAAGAAGAACAACCGCAAGAAGAAGAAGAAGAAGGCCGCCGCGACCGACUCUCCCGUCGCCGAUGCACCCUCUCCCCCUCCUCCAGCACAACCCGACACGCCGUCGCAGCCGAGCAAGAGCUCGUCGAAGAAGAAGAAGAAGGCGAACAAGCCCGAGGCGGUCGCGGCGGCGCCGGUGGACGACGGCAUGGACGAGAUCGACCGUGCCCUCGCAGAGCUGGCGGCGAAGGGCGGCGAGGCCGGUGCGACGGCGACGGCGGGACCGCAGAAGCGUCUCGACCCGAAGUGGGUGGCGGUCAAGGAGGCCUACACCUUCGACCCCAAAUUCCUCGAUUCGGACGCCGAGCUGCGGCGCAUGUUCGGCAGCAAGGUCAUCGGCAGCGCGCCGCAAGCGCCUCGGUCGCACCUGCACGCCCGCUUCGCCAACAACCCUCACCACGCCUCGUCCGUCCGCCGCGCACCCUCGUACCUUGCCACGCCUGAGCCAGGGUGGCCCUCGCCGUCGGGCGUCCUCGCCCUCACGCGGUACGACGGGCCCGAGGCGCGCGACGACGAGAGCGGCGAGUGGCACACGUUUGCGCACCCGCCGAGCUACAAGCAGGCGCAGCUCAUGUUCCUCGAGGUGCUUCAGCAGGCCGACGGCAACCGCCUGUACGACGUCCUCGCCGCGUUGCCGUACCACGUCGACACGCACAUGCAGCUCUCGGAGAUGAUGGCGCAGCAAGGCGACCUCGGCGCAUCCUCGACCCACCUCACCCGUGCCCUGUACGCCCUGUCGGCGCCUCUUCCGCCGACUUUCCCCUCGGGCUCGUUCCGCCUCCCGUACAGCCAGGUCGAGAACCGCGCCCUGUACCUCGGCAUUGCGCGCAAGGUCGCCCUCAUGGUCAAGCGCGGCACGUGGCGCACCGGCUUCGAGUGGGCCAAGAUCGGCCUCGGCAUGGGCGGCGCAGAGGACCCGGUCGGCAUGCUGUGCUGGAUCGACUUUCUCGCGCCCAAGGCGGGGCAGAACGACUGGUUCUUCAACACGAUCGACGCACUCGACGCCGCCUACCCGCAGAUGCUCGUGCACAGCUACCCGGGCCUCGCGUUCGCCAAGGCGCUGUGCGUCCGGAACCAGGAGGAGGAGCGCAAGGAGGACGACACCAAGAGCUCGGCGGCGCUCAAGAGCGCCAUCCUACGCUUCCCGAUGGUCGCCACCCUCCUGUCCAACACGAGCGCGUUCGACCUGCCGCCCUCGUUCGUGACGCACCGCCGCGCUCAGCUUGACGGUACCUUCACCAAGAACCCGUCGUACGCCCUGUCGCUCCUGUCCGAGCUGUACGUCGCGCGCUCGUCGCCCCUGUGGAAGGACCCGGCGUCGACCGCCUGGCUCCGCAAAGUCGUCGCGCAGGCGGCGCCGCAGCUCGACGACCAGUCGCUCGAGGACGUGCGCAUCGGCGAGAAGCUGUUCAGCGAGCCCCCGUUCCCGCAAGGGUACGCGCCCGCCGGGCUCAUCCGGGCCGCUUUCAUCUCGGAGAUUGCCUCGGUCAAGCCGUACCUCCCUCCCUCGACCCGCUCGGGCACGACCUACUCGUUCGACCCGCUCCCGCCGACCUCGCCGCACGCCACCUUCUACAACGACGCCUACUUUGCCGACCUGUACGCCGCAUCGUCGUCGGCUCGUCGGCGGCGAGGUGCAGCCGCACGAGCCGGCCAGCAGGGUCAGCAGGGCGGCGCAGGCGGCGACGUCGUCGCGGCGAUGCGCGACGGCCUGAUGCGCAUGCUCGGCAUGGGCGCCGAUGGCCCGCAGGUCGAGCUCAACGACGAGCUGCGCGCCGAGCUGCUCGAGGAGCUCGCGGUGCUCAACGGCGGCGGCGGCGGCAUGCCUGGCGGGUUCGAGGGAGACGAGGUCGACGAUGAGGGUGAAGAAGGCGAGGAGUGGGAGGACGACGAGGAGCAGGAGGCGCAGGCGGCGAACGUGGUGCAGCGGCUAGCGGCCAUGUUCGGCAUGGGCGGCGGGAACCGUCCGGCCGAGCAGCCGGCGCCCGAGCAGGAGGAGCACUGAGUCUGCAACUUGCUCUCUCGUUGUCGCCC